AUGGAUGAGUGUCACUCGACAGCAACACCUGUUGACACGAAAGCCAACCUCUCCGCUUCAGACAGCGCACCUAUUACCGAUCCUACUGAGUACCGCAGUCUGGCCAGUGCCCUACAGUACCUCACCUUGACUCGCCCUGAUCUUGCCUACACCAUUCAGCAAGUCUGCCUCUACAUGCAUGAUCUGCGCGAGCCUCACCUCCACAUGAUCAAGAGCAUUCUUCAAUAUAUUAAAAGAUCAUUAGAUUAUGGUCUUCAUCUCUCCGCAACGUCAACACUGACAUCUCUCAUUGCAUAUUCAGAUGCAGACUGGGCUAGCUACACCGACUCUCGUCGCUCUACCUUCGGCUAUUGUGUUUAUCUUGGUGACAAUCUAGUCUCCUAG